AUGAAAUAAAUUAAAGAGUUGAAGGACUUGAUAAGAAAAGCUAAAUUGAAUACUGUGAUGAGUUCUAAAUUCUCUUGCAUCAAUUUUUAUAAGAUUAAUUAUGAAAAGAGCAUACUUCUCUAAACAUCUCCUAGUUACUCAAAGUAAUUUGUAUUGUAAAAUUUAGCAAGGUGUUGAAAAAUGAAAUGAUGUUGAUAAAUUUAUUUAUUUAUAAUUAAUUUCAAUAUAUCAAUCCUGCUCAAAUAAUUUAGAAACAGAGAUUCAAUUAUAAGUUACAACAAAAUUGA